CUGAAUAUUGACAAUUUUUAUUAAUUACAAACAAAAAAAAUAAAGCUUAUUUACUUUAUCAUUUAAUAUAGGUUAUACUUGUACAUGAUAUAAAAAAAACCAUAAAUGAUGGUAUUUUCGGCCAUCAUAGUUAAGAUGAAAUUGUGCAUCUUACAGUAUAUUUCUCGAAAUAUCGUACAAUUUACUAUUUAAACAAUAUUACCUUGAUUAUUAAUCAUUAUGUCAGUAUAUUAAUAUGCGAAACGCAAUCAAACAAAAAGUAAUUAACUCGUUCAAUAUAUUAAACUAAAUAUUCAUUAAUCGGUAUAUUUACUUGUAUACAAGGGCACAUUCAGGUUAAAAAAAUAGGAUGUUGCAUUAAGUAUGUCAUUAAGUUUUUGGAAGAUAAAUAGCUGUGAUGGAUGAUGUAGAUACUACAGUAUUUUAUGAUGAUGAAAAUGACUUCAUUGGACUUGGUUAUUAUCAUGGUCAAGAAUAUGAUUAUGAAUACGAAGAUGCUGAAGGAGAAACAUUUUCCGAACUCUAUCAAUAUUGCCUUGUACCUACACUCUAUGAUACAGGAUUUUAUAUGUUGCCACUGUUUCUUGCAAUGUUUAUCUUUCGAUUUGUAUCUCAAAUGCAAUCUAUUUCUGAUAGAUUAUUUCAUGGAUUUUCACUGGUUAUUGGAAUAUGUAUUAUUCAGCAUUAUGCGCAAGAAUGUUUAUUUUUAUUAGUAUUAUUUGUUAUACUUUCUUACAUUACCUUACAUAUACCAAAGAAGUAUUAUAAAGACAUAGGAGUCUUCUUGCCAUCACUUUUUAUAAUUGCACAUUGUGAAUUUUAUAUGAAACCGAUAAUCUGGCAUAAAGUACGCAGUAUAAUUAUGACAAUGGCAAUGAAAACUAUUAGUGUUGCUGCAGAUAGCAUUGAAUCUAACAACAUACCAGAUUUUUACAGUUAUAUGGGAUAUAUGUUUUGUGCAGCUACUUCGUUCUUUGGCCCAUGGGUUCCAUUAAAAGAUUAUUUGGCCUUACGCCGGCCAAGUCAGCAAGGAAAAUGGUGGUUAUUAAUUGUAAUUGGAUAUACUCUUCAUUCAUUCCUUUUUCUAAGUAUGUCAAACUGUUGGAUACAAUGGAUAUUUUCAGACAAUUCAUGGAAGUGGCUAAUAGCUUAUAAAGAUGCAUUAUCUUUCAGAACAUCCCAUUAUUUUAUCUCAUACAUGGCAUCAGCCAUAUUAUUUUUAGGAGGAUAUCCAUACUCAUUAAUAUCUAUUGUUAAACCAUUAGAAAUUGAACUACCACGUUCACUCGUUCAAGUUGUUGUAUAUUGGAAUAUUCCAAUGCAUUUUUGGUUAAAAAAAUAUAUAUUCCGUCCAAGUCUCAAGUAUUUAGGAAAAUUUGGAGCCGUAACUAUUACUUAUCUAACAAGUUCUCUUCUACAUGGAUUAAAUUUUCAAUUGGGAGCAGUAUUAUUGAGUCUUGGUUUAUAUACAUACGUAGAGCAUCAACUUAGAAUGAUGCUUGCUAAUAUUUUUGACGCAUGUAUUGGAUCAAAAGAAUGUAUCCAAAAUAAGUGUACUCACUUAUACAACUCUUAUAAUUGUUGGGUUAUUGUAACAAACAUAAUGUUUACGGUAUUAACAAUGUUUCAUUUAGCUUAUUUGGGUCUUAUGUUUGAUACUUCAGAGUUACAAGAAACAGGAUAUAGUUAUAUUCAUACUAUUGAAAAAUGGUCUCAGCUUGGAUUUGCCAGCCACUGGGUAGCAUUGGCUACAUAUUGUAUAUAUUUUUUAAUACGAUAAACACUAAUAUAUCUUAUAUAUUCUCAUAUGUUUAAAACAUUUUAUACACAAUAACAAUUUUUUAUAACAUCUCUAAUAAAAUUUUUAGAAAAAA